AUGUCACCCAUGGGAGUUGAAGGCAUGAAGGUUCACGAGUUUGCACGUGGGCUAUGGGAGCACGAACACACCUCCCUCACACUCGGCUGCAAACGGCUCCGGCCGCUUGCGCCGAAAAUGAACUCUGGUUUCGACCUGAAGAGCUUCAUUCGGCCGGAGAGCGGGCCCACAAAGCUCGGGUCCCCGGAAUAUCAGAAGAAGGAAUCUGUUCAGGUGGAGGCACAGGCAGGUGGGACCCGGUGGAACCCGACACAGGAACAGAUUGGAAUACUGGAGAUGCUGUACAGAAGCGGGAUGCGAACCCCGAACGCCCACCAAAUCGAGCAGAUCACUGCACAGCUCGCAAAGUACGGGAAGAUCGAGGGCAAAAACGUCUUUUACUGGUUCCAGAACCACAAAGCCCGCGAGCGCCAGAAGCAAAAGCGCAACAGCCUCGCCGGCCUCGCUCACUCCCCGAAAACCCCAUUUUCUCCCCGGCCCACCACCACUCUCUUACUCUCCCCGGCAAGUGGGGUGGAUGAAGAAUUGUCUGAUGGUACGGCAUACAAAAGGAAGUGCAAAUCUUGGGGGUUUGACCAAUGCUCAGAAGAAGUCAACAAAAAAUGUACACUACAAGACCAUCAAAUUAAUACUAUUGAAGAGGAAGUGGAAAAUCGGACCUUGAAGCUUUUCCCUUUGCAUCCUGAAGGGAGAUCAUUAUGUUUUAGGAGGAUUAAUUAA